AUGCGUCCUGACGAAUAUAAGCAAGCACAGGCACGAAAAUAUCAAGCAAAAUUACGUUCUCGAGGCUCUUCAGAAUCUUCUAAAGAGGUACAAGAAAAGCGAAAAGAACGAAGUUCAAAAUCACGAGGUGGUUUUCAACAUAAAGGAUAUGAAGAAGAAGCUGAGGAAAUAGAAGAAUAUGGAGAUAAACGACAAAACUUUAGAAGACGAAAGGUCGAAAGUAAUUCUUAUCGAUAUAAAGAUAUUUCCGAUACAGAAGAAACUACGGAUGGAAUUGAUUUAGAAACCAGAGAUUUUUUACAAAUGAUCGAUGUUUCAGAAACUCGGUCCUUGGAUCCUUCAACGUACUUUCAAUUCAAGGAGGAGAAGGACUGGGAGACUUCAAUUGAGGCUGUGAAUGAAUCAGAUGAGAUAUAUCAAAACCUGAUGAAUAUCAGCUUCGAUGCAUUAGAAUUAUCAUUGUCCAAUGUAUCAUUAGCCGAAAGAUUGAAUUUAAGCGAUGAUAUUUUUAUGGAAGGACAAGAAAAUGAAUUUGAGACGGGUUUAGAGUCAAGUUUAGAAAUCGCUGUUCCUAUUGUUCCGAAAACUGUUAAGACAGAUGUUCAAAAAUCCAUUUUAAAAAAUGUUAAAACUACCGAAACAUCACAAACGGUUAUAUCGAAUGUGCGAGUUCCGGCUUCAAACAAAAUAAUAAAAAAGACUCCAGUGUCUACAUCCAAAAUUUAUGCGAAUCCCGAGAAACCAACUUCAACAAUAAAUAAUGAUGAUGAUAUUGAUGAUUUUUUGAAAUCUCUUGAUGACAAAAAUGGUAAUUUUUUCGUUCUUCUAUAA